AUUUUACCGAAUAAAUGGUUGUUUUCAACAAAUCAUAAAGAUAUUGGAACAUUAUAUUUUAUUUUUGGAAUCUGAGCAGGUAUAGUUGGAACUUCCCUUAGAGUAUUAGUACGAACAGAACUAGGAAGACCUGGAACUUUAAUUGGAAAUGAUCAAAUUUAUAAUGUAAUUGUGACUGCCCAUGCAUUUAUCAUAAUUUUUUUUAUAGUAAUACCAAUUAUAAUUGGAGGUUUUGGAAACUGAUUAGUCCCCUUAAUAAUCGGUGCUCCAGAUAUAGCAUUUCCUCGAAUAAAUAAUAUAAGUUUCUGAUUACUACCUCCUUCUUUAUUUCUUCUAAUUAUAAGAAGAAUCGUAGAAAGAGGUGCAGGGACUGGAUGAACAGUUUAUCCCCCUCUUUCAUCUAAUAUUGCACAUGGAGGGUCUUCAGUGGAUUUAGCUAUUUUUAGUUUACAUUUAGCUGGAAUCUCCUCAAUUUUAGGAGCUAUUAAUUUUAUUACUACUGUAAUUAAUAUACGACCUAAAGGUAUAACUUUAGAUCGAAUGCCUUUAUUUGUAUGGGCCGUUGUAAUUACAGCAAUCCUUUUACUAUUAUCUUUACCAGUUUUAGCCGGAGCUAUUACUAUACUAUUAACUGAUCGAAAUUUAAAUACCUCUUUUUUUGAUCCUGCUGGGGGAGGAGAUCCUAUUUUAUACCAACAUUUAUUUUGAUUUUUUGGACAUCCUGAAGUUUAUAUUUUAAUUCUUCCAGGUUUUGGUUUAAUUUCUCAUAUUGUAAGACAAGAAAGUAGAAAAAAAGAAGCUUUUGGGACCUUAGGUAUAAUUUAUGCUAUAAUAGCAAUCGGUUUAUUAGGAUUUAUUGUUUGAGCUCAUCAUAUAUUUACAGUAGGUAUAGAUGUAGAUACUCGAGCUUAUUUUACAUCAGCUACUAUAAUUAUUGCAGUUCCUACUGGAAUUAAAGUUUUUAGAUGAUUAGCUACUUUUCAUGGAUCAAGAAUUAAUUACAGACCUGCAACAUUAUGAACAUUAGGGUUUAUUUUUUUAUUUACAGUCGGAGGAUUAACAGGUGUAGUUUUAGCUAAUUCUUCAAUUGAUAUUGUAUUACAUGAUACUUAUUAUGUUGUAGCUCACUUUCAUUAUGUUCUUUCUAUAGGAGCAGUAUUUGCAAUUAUAGCAGGAAUUGUUCAAUGAUUCCCUUUAUUUACAGGUCUAACCUUAAAUAAUUUUUACUUAAAAAUUCAAUUUUUUAUUAUAUUUAUUGGUGUAAACUUAACAUUUUUCCCACAACAUUUUUUAGGUUUAAUAGGAAUACCACGACGAUAUUCAGAUUACCCUGAUAUUUUUACUCUAUGAAAUAUUGUUUCAUCAAUUGGAUCUUUAAUUUCCCUUAUUAGAGUAAUUUUUUUAUUGUUUAUUUUUUGAGAAGCUUUCUCUAUACAACGAAAAAGAAUUAGUUCAUUAAGAAUAAAUUCUUCAAUUGAAUGAUUACAAUUUAAUCCUCCAGCAGAACAUAGUUAUUCCGAAUUACCAAUAUUAUCUGCUAAUU